AUUUUUUUCAAUAUUCUAAUAAAAAGAAUAAUCUCAUGAGUCAUUUCAUUUGUAAUGCUUUAGAUUCACCUAAGUUCUCGACAGUUCAAGAUCUUGCUGAUAUUCAAGAUAUCAUUGAGUCUCGUCCAAAAUACUUAAAUUAUUCGUAA